AUGCCGAACAGACGCUGCUGCAGCUGCUGCGUCUCGGUGCAGCAGCGCAUCAGCGCCGCGGUGCAGGACGUGCUGCUGCGGCUGGCGGGGGGAGAGGACGCGGCUGGGGCUGGGCUGCCGGCUCUCAGCUCGCUGCUCACCCAGCGGCUCAGGACGGCUGAGGAGGAGAUCGUCGGUCUGCUGGAGAAAGCCUUAGCCGAAUACGAGAACAGCGUGAAGGGUUCCCAGCUGGAGAUCUGUCGCCAGCAGAUGUUGCUCCAUGGCGCGCUGAAGCCCGACGUCAACAUGCGCAGGGCAGAAGUCCAGCAGGGGAGGAGCUCUAUUCCACAACUGGAUGACCGGGUUGACCCAGGGCUCCGACAUAUUAAAGAGGAACAGGAGGAAACGUGGACCAGCCAGGGCAAAGGGUUUGUAUUUACACCUGUCCCUGUGAAGAGUGAAGAUGAAGAAGAGAAACCUCAGUGGACACAGCUCCAUCACAGCCAGACUGGGGAGGACAGUGAUCAUGUGGGAGGACCAGAACCAGCGGCAACAUCUCACUCACUUAUGCACUCAGUCGCUGGUGACAAUGUUCCUGACACUACUGAAACAGAUGAGAGUGACUGUGAUUGGACACAAAUAAAUAAAGCUCGGUCAGGUGUAGAGGAUGUUAAAAACAAUGGAACCACAGAGAGCGAUGCUGGGUCCGUUGCGAUGGAGCGACCCUUUCCAUGCUCAUAUUGUGGUAAAAGAUUUAGCCUGAAGGGAAAUUUGAAUAGACACAUAAGAGAUCACACAGGGGAGAGACCUUUCCCUUGCACAAACUGUGAUAAGUCAUUUAAAGAUAGCGGAUCGUUAACUGCUCAUAUGAGGUGUCACACGGGAGAGCAGCCGUACAGUUGUUUGUUCUGCGGAAAGAAUUUUAGCGGGAGGGGAAACAUGACCAGGCAUAUGAGGAUCCACACAGGAGAGAAACCGUUCACCUGCUCCUUGUGCAAUAAAAGCUUCCAUGUGAAGGAACACCUCAACAGGCAUAUCAAGUACCACACGGGGGAAAAGCCAUUCAGUUGCACAGUCUGUGGCAAAGGUUGCGCUCAGAAAACGGACUUGAAGAAACACAUGAGAGUCCACACUGGAGAGAAGCCGUUCAGCUGCCCUUUUUGCGGGAAGUGCUGUGCUGAAAAAGGAGACCUGACCAAACACAUGCGAGUCCACACGGGCGAGAAGCCGUUCAGCUGCAGCAUCUGUGGCAAAAGUUGCGCCCAAAAGGGAAGCCUGAAGAUCCACAUGAGAGUCCACACAGGUGAAAAGCCCUUCACCUGCCCCUUCUGUGGAAAGUGUUUCAUUGUUACAGGACAUCUAAAGAGACACAUGAAGCUCCAUGCAGCCGAGUGUCAGUUGGCCGAUUCUGCAGAUUCACCAAAAACCAACCAAAACGCAAGCUGAAGUAAUUGUUAAUGAAAACUUCAGUAUGAAGUAGUGUAGCAUGCAGCUUGUACUUCCGAGGCUUCUCAGUCUCACACUGCUACUAGUCAACCGUCUGACAUGCAAUUUGUUAAGAAAAUUUAAUGUAGAAAUUUAGCUGCGAUGUAAACUUCCAAAAAUAUGCUUUUUUAUUGUGAAAAAAGAACAAAAAUAAAUCACCUUUUUGUUACUCUAAGUUCAAAAUCGCCAAAGGUAGUUUGGUCAGAAAUAAUCAGUAGCAUGCGAGAGGGUCCUGGGCGGCUACAUAGUUAAGGAACAGAAACCUGCAAACCUGCAGCUGAUGCAUUGUUGUGUUGAAGCAGAAUGGAAAAAAAAGACUGAGGGUGAUAAAUGCUUUGCAGACAUUGCAACUAUGCAACUGCGGAAUAAAGUCACAACAUAUGAGAGUUUAAUUUUCAUGAUUAAUAUCUGGUCUGGGCACUUUUGUGUGUCCUUUUGGGAUGAUGUUUGCUGUACUAUAAACUAUAAAAACUGCCUUCAGUUUAGCAAAACUGAGCAAAGUCAAGUCUUUUUAUAUGUAAUUGGUGGUUCAUUUGCCUUCUGCUCCAAAUUAGACCAGUGUACCUUUUGUUGUUUUGUCACUGAGGAACCUUUCACUAUCUAAGAUGAAAAUCCUCUGAAAGGUUGAUUUCUGGCCUGAUACCACCU